AAAGACUAAUCAUACUUGGACAUUUCAAAAAAAUACUUGGACAAUUCAAAACAAGAUUGUCCAAAACCAGCUGUGCAGGUUGUAUCUGAGUUUUAUCCCAACCCAAAUACAAAACCCACAGUGUUAAUAAACCGCCUAUUACCAAAAAACAAUUCGACUGACACACUAUAUAACACCACCUUUGUCCAAAAUCACUACUUCAAUUAUUACAAACAACUUCAAAAAUUCAUCCACACCCCAUUUAAAUUCAUCAAAAAGGGUCAAAGAAUAACCCAAUGGAUUCCGCAAAUCAAGUAGGCGCAACAUCGCCGGCGCCGAUCACCACCGGCAAAUUCACCGGAACUCUGGGGCGCCACAUAGCUCGCCGCCUCGUCCAAAUCGGCGUGAAAGACGUCUUCUCAGUCCCCGGUGACUUCAACUUAACUUUACUAGACCAUCUCAUCAACGAGCCGGAGCUCAAUCUGGUGGGCUGCUGCAACGAGCUCAACGCCGGCUAUGCUGCAGACGGAUACGCACGCGCGAAAGGCGUGGGAGCUUGUGUUGUGACAUUCACCGUUGGUGGGCUAAGUGUCUUGAACGCGAUCGCCGGAGCUUAUAGUGAGAAUUUGCCGGUGAUUUGUAUCGUUGGUGGGCCCAACUCGAAUGAUUAUGGGACUAACAGAAUACUUCAUCAUACUAUUGGGUUGCCUGAUUUCAGUCAGGAGCUUCGUUGUUUUCAGACUGUCACUUGUGCUCAGGCAGUGGUUAACAACUUGGAAGAUGCCCACGAGCUGAUUGAUAAUGCAAUAUCGACUGCUCUGAAGGAGAGCAAACCUGUGUAUAUCAGCAUAAGCUGCAAUUUGCCUGGAAUUCCUCACCCAACAUUUUCUAUAGACCCAGUUCCAUAUUGCAUUGCACCAAAGGUCAGCAAUCAAUUAGGCUUAGAAGCCGCAGUGGAAGCAACAGCUGAGCUUUUAAAUAAGGCUGUGAAGCCUGUCAUCGUGGGAGGACCCAAGCUAAGGGUUGGAAAGGCACAAAAGGCCUUCGAGGAGUUUGCCAAUGCUAGCGGGUAUCCAAUAGCUAUCAUGCCCUCAGCUAAGGGCUUGGUUCCAGAGCAGCAUCCGCACUUCAUUGGGACAUAUUGGGGUGCUGUUAGUACCAGUUUUGUGGGGGAGAUAGUGGAAUCUGCUGAUGCCUAUGUGUUUGUUGGUCCUAUCUUUAAUGAUUACAGCUCAGUUGGGUACUCGUUACUCAUUAAAAAAGAGAAAUCCAUCAUAGUGCAGCCAAAUCGUGUAACUAUUGGCAACGGUCCUUCCUUGGGUUGGGUUUUCAUGGCAGAUUUCUUAACUGCACUGGCUAAGAAGUUGAAGAAGAACAGUACAGCAAUGGACAAUUACCGUCGUAUCUAUGUACCUCCAGGUGUUGCCCUGAAGCGUGAAAACAGUGAGCCUCUUAGGGUCAACAUACUCUUCAAGCACAUUCAGGCAAUGCUAAGUGGAGAUACUGCAGUGAUUGCAGAGACAGGGGAUUCGUGGUUUAAUUGCCAAAAGCUCCGUCUUCCUGAAAAUUGUGGGUACGAAUUCCAGAUGCAGUAUGGGUCUAUUGGUUGGUCAGUAGGUGCCACCCUUGGCUAUGCCCAGGCUGCGAAAGACAAGCGUGUGAUUGCCUUCAUUGGUGAUGGAAGUUUCCAGGUAACUGCUCAGGAUAUCUCAACAAUGAUUCGAUGUGGUCAACGUACCAUUAUAUUUCUGAUCAACAAUGGAGGAUACACAAUCGAAGUAGAGAUUCAUGACGGUCCAUACAAUGUGAUCAAGAACUGGAACUAUACUGGACUAGUUGAUGCUAUUCACAAUGGUGAAGGCAAAUGCUGGACUACCAAGGUACGCACCGAAGAUGAACUAAUGGAAGCAAUUGCAACAGCAACAGGAGAACAAAAGGAUUCAUUAUGCUUCAUUGAAGUGCUUGUGCACAAAGACGAUACAAGCAAAGAACUUCUUGAAUGGGGAUCCCGAGUUUCUGCUGCAAAUAGUCGCCCUCCAAAUCCUCAAUAAACUUGUCAAUCCCAUGUGAUAUAACUGACUCUAGAAGUCUGUAUCCUGAGUCUUGCUUUCUGAUGUUUUUUUUGCAAAGGAACUAUAAUAAAUGUAGUCUAACAAACUAUUAAUCAUAAAAUUCAGUCGUCCUAA